AUGUCUGCUACCGUUCUCUCUACUGCGGCCACUGGCCCUCCCCUCCCCCCCUCCUCCCCCACCUCCUCCCAAGAAGCCGGCCGACAGGCCAUUUCUGCAGAGACGGCAGAAAAAACAAAGGGCAAAGCAGGCCAAGAAGGAGAAGGCCAGGGCCGAGGAACGAGCCAAGAGCGAGGCUGUCAUGGGGCUGAUCCCCAAGAACCCCAAGCGGGACCCUCCCCGCCUCCACCGGUGCGCUCAAAGCUCCCCAAAUUCCGCAAACUAGCUCGCGGAACCGCCCAGGCCCAGGCCAUCUGGAAGUAUCUCCGCAAUGGGGAUAAGUAG